CAAACAUCCGUGAACGCGUCCGGGUCUCGCCUCAAGUGUCGUGUAAUAAUUCGUCACCACCACUACACCCUCCGACCGACCUUGUUCAUUCAUCUAUCCACACACGCGACGCGCGAAUUCAAAUAAUUAACGGCACUGCGCGGCAACACCAGGACCACAUUGACAUUGCAACGGUCCGAGCCACCUCUGGCGUACCAUGCGUCAUGGCCGCCGCCGCGGCAGAUGAGGCCAUCGACCUCCUCAUCCAGGACGUCGUCGACGCCUCCAGGAUUCCGCCCAAGGCCCGCCUCACGAGCAUCAAGCCCACGGUCGCGCGGCUCUGCUCGCUCGCCUACGAGCACGGCCUGGCGCCCGUGGCGCUGACCCGGCUAGUGGGCGAGGUGCUCGCGGCGCCGCAGUUGCGUCAGCGCCUCGACCAGGCAAGCCUGCAGGCGCUCGCGCGUAACUUGUACCCGCGCGGCGAUGAGGGCGGCGACGAGGGCGUGCCAGCGGAGGCGGCGCUGCGCGUGGUGGGCGCGUUGGGACACGGCGCGGGGAGGGCGGCACUCGGCGCGCAGGCGGCACUGCUGCGUUGGCUGGUGCUCGUAUGGCAUGUGCUCGACGAGGGGGCGAGGGGCGUUCUGGGGAGGGCGUACGGCGUGCUGUUUGGCGUGCUGGACACGGCGGCGAUACGGUCGGUUGUUUGCCCCCCUGCCUCCUCUUCCUCCCAUAUUCGCGUCUUUUGCGGACGGGGCGACUGCCGUUGUCUAGCUUGUUCCCCCAGAGUCCGCUGGCUAACCGUGCCGUUUGGUGUUGUCGCUGUUACAGGCCGCAGGUUGCCCAUGUCCUGGCGCUUCUGACGAGGAGAAAACACGUCCGUCCGUUUCGAAUCCAAGCCCUGCUCAACCUCUCGAGGCAGACGGGCAACGACCCGUGUCUCGUCGGCCUGCUGCGCGUCUACAAGGACUACUACCCGGAGAUUAUCGUGGGCGAGGCCGUUCGCGGCAAGGCGGCGGCGUUCAAGCACCCGGAUCCGAUAUGGCGCGCGAGACUGGACGAGAUACGGGAAGCGCACGCGCAGCGACACGCGGGGGCGCCGUCUGAGGCAAUGCGGAGCGGCGGCUUCAGGGUGAACCGACCUGUCCACCGGAGCGCGCGCGGCAAGCUUGUGCCCGUCGUGCAUACAUCUCACGCGACUGAGGACUCGGUCACGCUCGAAGAGGUCGACGGCGUCGACGCCUUUGUCCGUAGCCUCGACCGCCUCGAGCUGCCCAACCAGCUCGUCGCUGUGCUCGUCGACCCGCUGCUGCAGAAGCUGCUCGUCCUGCGGCCCAGCGCCGAGGCCGACCGCCGCGUCGCCAACUGGCUGGGCGGCGUGCUGCGCGAAGUGGCCGACGGGGACGCCGACGAGGACACGCUGUGGGAGGUGCUCGAGGUGGUGAGGGACUAUGUCACGCAGACAAAGACGUUACCGCCGGUGCUGCUGAGCUUCUUUGCGCGCUUCCUCACGCUCUGGGGCGGCGAGGGACGGCGCGACCUCGUCAUGGACAUUCUCGGCUACACGCCGCUGCUCGACUUUCAAGAGCUUUACCCGCACAUCUUUCAGCCCCUCGAGGCCGCCGUCCAGGACAACUCGUCCGAGACGCUCCUCGCGCUGCUCGGCCUCUACACCAGACUCCUCCGCCGCUGGGUCACGGCUCUGCACGCCGCGUCGCCCGUCCCCGCGCACGCCGACGCGGCCGUCACGGCCCUGGUGCGGCAUGUCAACACCCUCGCCCUCACGCUCCUCCAGAUCGCUGGCACCGACGACGGCGGCGGAGGCGGAGAUCACGACAACAACAACAACGUCAACAGCGUUGCCGUCGAGUCGGCCAUCCUCUCCUUCUACGAGCAGACGACGCCGCUCGUCGCCCACCCGACACUCCGGCAGUACGUGCGCAUCGAGCUGCCCCCCUCGGAGCUCGUCUACGACCUCUUCUUCAGCUCCUCGCUCGCCUCCGUGUCGCGCCUGUGCCGCAUCCUUGCCGCAUAUAAGCGCGGCUUCGAGGCGGCCAUGACAACGCGCCCCGUCGCGGGACGCCGCGGCCGCCCCAGCGGCGGCGGCGACAGCUCUGGCGUCGUUGACAACAACAGCAACAAUACCACGGACGGUGCCGCCGCCGCAGCGCAGCCCAUCGACGCGUCCACGUACCCCAAGGCCUACGUCAACCGCUACAACGGCUUCCUCAUGGACAUGUGCAACUGCCUGUGGCGCGCCCGCGCCUUUGGCCUCGCCGACGCCAACUCGCGCGGCUGCCUGCUCGCGCCCGCCGUCGUCGCCGCCCUGACGGCCUACGUGCCCGCCGUGGACCGCGCCUUUUCCCUCGCGUCGCUGCUGUCGCUGUCGCACGCGCCGCUGCUCGCGCGGCAGAGCAUCCUGCGCGUGCGCGAGCUCGAGGACGAGGCACUCGAGCGCGGCGGCGACAGCAUCCGCACGCGCCACGCCGGCCCCGUCACGCAGGACAGCCUCGCCAAGCUGGCGGCCGCGGGCGGGCUGCGGCUCAGCUGGCAGGAGUACAGGAUCGAGGUGCUCGAGGCGCUGAGCGCGCGGGGCCUGCCCGGCGUGACGGAGCUGCUCAAGAAUACCAUGACGGUGCUCAAGAACUCGAUGGACGGGCGGUCUGCCGCCGCCGCCGCCGCCGCCACUGGCUCGCAGAAGACGGUGUCGUAACUUAGGGGGGCCAACACAGCGGGCACGGGGUUGGGAGGGGACACCGUCGCAGUAAUAAUGGUACGCGCGAGUGAGGACAGGGAGACACGAUGGGGCAUACCUAAAAAAGGCGUUCACACGACAGACAUGAUGGGAAGACAAAUCGCAAUGGCGUCAACAGCGCGGCGCAGCUCAGGGCCGCUGCUGGUGUGGAAAUUGACGUCCAUCUAGAUCCGGCCCCGCCGAGUUGAAGACGGGAGCCAACCCCCUCCCUCGCAUGCCCUCCCCAAUGGUUGAAUACAGGGUAUCAUGAUGAGAAUCGAACUUGAGCGAGCUACCGUCGCUGCCACCCUC